UCCACUUUUUCACUAAUUUAUACUAAUUAUUGUCAAUAAUUUAUUGAGUAGAAAUAACUACUGGAUAGUAAUAUAAAUUGUAAUAAAAGUUGUCAAUUCAUUGGAGUCCAUCAUUCUUGAUAAUUCAAGUUAUUUGACGAUUGGAUGUAGUAGCAUGUCAAAAUCGCGAUUAUCGGAAUGGUGAACUGGUUCCUCCUGUUCGGCUUUUUAAUUGGUCUCUUCUCCGCGGAAUUGUACCAUUAUCUCUUCAAAAUCUGCUUUAUCAUAAUCUACCUUAUCUUCUUCACUCUCUGGAUAUCCUACUUUAUCGUGUGUAUGCCAGAGUCGGAGUGGUUGUGGGUGCUCACCGGAAGUGGACCUCGUCCCUUUCAUCUCGCCGCGUUUACGACUGGAGGACAAGACGAGGGGGACGACUUGCCUGGUGUGAACUAAGCGUAUCUCCAGCAGGAGUACGAGAUUUAUGCAAAUAAGUCAGUCUCUCCACCAUCCACCAUCGCAAGUCACACAUAGUCACACAGUCCUCAGAGUCCGAAACAUAACCUAGAAAAAUGUCCAAAAAGAACAACAGCCGGAUUCCGCAAAGCUCUUCCAACUUUUCAUCGUCGACAACAUCAAAGUCGAGGAACAAACCAAGUUCUUCUUUGCUCCAGCAUGACUUCCCACCGGAACACGCAACUCAGUCGGAGGACCUCUUAAAGUUUUUUAAGUCGUUGGGAUACGAAGCUCCAAAAAACUUGAAGCCGGAGCACCUCGACUACGUCUUUAAGGAUGAGAAAAUGACCCAACUUCUCAAAACCAUCAUGUCCAAACUGAAACCAGGCAAUGUUCUGAGCGAGGAUGAAGUCAAAGAUUAUGAACGUCUUCGAAGUGAGGGUUUGCUAUUAUUUGGCGAAGAGUUGGAGAAGGCCGUCGACCAUCGGAAAGCCCUCGAUCGCAGGAAUUCUGAUAAAACUCACGACGACGAACUGAAAACGCAAGAACUCAAACGUCUAAUAGCUCUGCGUGAGCAGGAAAUUUUGGAUAUUAAAAAAAGACAGGAAACAAUAAGGAGGAUGGAUGCUCUACGCCAAGAAUCCAAUGCAUCCCAAGAUGCAAUAAAUUCGCACUAUCAGAAAGAAUCAGCCAAUUUAAAAGUUGCCAUUCUAGUUGCGAAAAAACGCAUCAUGGACAAAGCCCAAGCAUUACAGAUGACCAAAGAAGAACUUCUCAAGCAUCUGGACCUGAAUGAUAAUGCAAACCUCGGCGAUCAAUUUAUGGGAGAAUGGGACUGGGACACCUUCAUAGAAAAUGAAGAUAGUUUGAACCAAGAGAUACGAGAGUUUGGUAAAAAGUACAUCCCAACUCUGCUCAGAGAAUCAGAACGUGUCAGACCACAGACAGAAGAUGAUUCCCACGUUAGCGAGGCAAUCACCCAGCAACUCAGCAAAUUUGAACGGCUUCGCCAUUCCAUCGUGUACGAAGAAGUUCGACGAGUAAAGUUGGCACGUAAACUUGCCGCAGCUCAAGUCGCUGUCCAAGUAUUGGACGACAUUAGCGCAAAUGGGAUGGAUGUUAGCCGGUCGGAGCAGGAGGUUGAAGAUAGCAUAAAAAUUCUGGAGGUUCAGGAGAAGAAUGAAUUUAACGAAGUAUUGCAGAAAGUCCGAGUCGACACACUGGAAAAAGUGGAUAGUCGGUUUCAAGGAUUAAUUGAAUCUAGGAAUCUGGCGAAGAAACGUCUAGAACUAGGAAUGUCUGGACUGUAUGACAUGCUAGAAGCACAAACAGUACGGCUUGACCUCGUGGGGAAACUCAUAUCCACAAAUGCACAACCACUUAAUCAGCUUAAGGACACUAUUUUGAAUAUCGAACAGGAAUUGGCAACAAUCGAUUUGGACGGUCGAGGGGCUACUGCUCCAAAACCAUUAACUCCGGAAGGAGACGUGCUGUCCCAAAUAUUUCAACAGCUCGGCUAUCCAGAGGAUACCAUCCACUCAGCCAAUAAAAGGUUCAACGCCAUUAGAAAAAUCUACCAGACAAUUGAGCGGGAUGAAUUGGAAAUCGCAGCCCGAGAACAGACCGAGGAGGAGGAAAAAUUAAAGAAAGUAUCGAGACAGUGUCAGGACCUCAAGCUUAAAUUUGAGAAAUUGAAGAUUGCAGCGAUUCCGAGCCAGAAAGUCGAAAAACUAAAGGCUGAAGUGGAAGAAAAGCAAAAUCUUGUGAAAGAACAAAAAUCUUCCGUUGCGGAAGUUCUCCUUCGGAAAAAACAACUUUUGGCUGAGAUGAAAGCUCUUCUUUAAACAAGUUAAAUUGAUUUAUAUUGAACCAUACUUUUCCGGUUGAUGUGUCCAAUUUUUUUUGUUCACAAAUAUGAAACGCAUCAUAGUCCAAUUAUGUAUUAUAUAUCGGUAGUAGUACAUAGGUAGCAAAUUACUUGAUUGUGUAUGUAGAACAGUAUAUUUUGAUACGCUUUUUCAGGUAAAAUUACUCGCAUCUUACGUAUGUAUGUAAGGUGCUGGUCUUAUGUAAAUUAGUCUGUACAGACUAACAAUUACUUAUAUUAUGAUAUCCUUCAAUGUUUACUGCCUUAUCCAGAUUCUGUCUUAUAUAAACUAUAAUUUAAACAUAAAAUUAUCUAAGUUAUUAAACAUAACGUAUGUAAACUAUAAUUUUAAGGUAAAAUUAUAAAAUUGAAAGAAACUAACUUAAAGAUAAAUUAUUUAUUGCAAACAAAAAA